AUGUCUCGCUUCUUUCAUGGCAGUUCAGAUUCAGAAAGUGAAUCGCAAGGAUCUCUAGCAUCAGAUUCAGAUCUUUCCGAUGAUGAAGAACUUUCAGAAGAUUCAGAUGAUCUUCAAGAAGAUGACAAGAAACCCACUAAAUCGACAGAAUCUCGUUUCAAAUUAAAAAUGGGAGGGGCUGCUCCUGCAUCUGAUGAUUCUUCAGAAUCAGAUGGUGAUAAACGAGUUGUAAAGUCUGGAAAGGAUAAGCGUCUUGAAGAGUUAGAGGCGACAAUAAAAACUUUGGAGAAUGCCCAAAAAAUUAAUGAUUGGGUUGUUAUUUCUAAUGAAUUUGAUAAACUCAAUAAAAUCGUAUCGAAAAUUUCUCCGCAGAAUGGAAUUCCGCGUCUUUAUAUUAAAGCUAUUGCUGAGCUUGAGGAUUUCCUAAAUGAGUCUUUGCAAAAAGAUGCGAAGAAAAAGAUGAAUCCAUCAAAUGCGAAAGCUCUAAAUGCGAUGAAGCAAAGGUUGAAAAAGAAUAAUAAAAUUUAUGAAGAAGACAUAGAAAAAUGGCGAGAGAAUCCUGUUUCUGAAGAAGAUAAGGAAGAUGAUGAUAUAAUUGAACAAGAAAUUGAACCCCGCAAAAAGAAUAUUGAGACAGAAGUAACAGACGAAACAUUCACACCAGUCGGAAAAGGUGGCAAACCCGUUGAAUAUACAGCAGAGAAUUUAUUUAAAAAAUUAAAAGAGAAUACCGAUCGUCUGGAUCAAAUCAAAGUUUUACAUGCUUUAUUGGUAGUGGCAAAUACACCAUAUCAACAAAUCCGUGUAUUGCUCGCUUUAAUUCCAGCUCAAUUUGACUAUAACCAAAGUAUGAGUGGUUAUAUGGGCACCGAAAUGUGGAAAAACACCCAAAAAGAAAUUAAUCAACUUUUAGCGAUUCUUGAAGAUAACAAGGAAUUUAUUAUCCAUGAAGAUGUUGAAGAUGAACAAGAGGAAAAAGAGCCAACAAUUGAAGCUGGUCAAGUUUAUGGAAUUCGUGGUUCGAUCGUUUCUUUUAUAGAUCGAUUGGAUGAUGAAUUCACGAAAUCACUUCAAAAUAUUGAUCCACAUACUACUGACUAUGUAGAUAGAUUGAAAGAUGAAACUGAAUUAUAUGCGACGAUUGUUCGUGGUCAAAUUUAUUUCGAGAAAAAUGAAUUAAAUGAUAGUACAAGUCGAGUUAUUAUGAGAAGGUUGGAACAUUUAUAUUACAAGCCGGAUCAAGUUAUACAAACAGUAGAAAAUACAGUCAGGCAAUUGCUUCCAUCUGGUUUAAGUUCAGAAAUUACACCUCCAACCAUAACUCAAGACUCCUCAGACCUAAUACAUGCACUCUGCGUAUAUUUGUAUAAGAAAGGCGCAUCACUUUUACGUACACGUGCAAUGUUAUGUCACAUUUAUCAUCAUGCUUUGCACAAUCGCUUUUACGUGGCAAGAGAUAUGUUGCUAAUGUCUCAUUUACAAGAGACAAUUCACCAAGCGGAUGUGGCAACUCAAAUUCUGCACAAUCGAACUAUGGUACAAGGUUUACAAUUGCAACGAUAUUCUCAACUUCCACCCGAACAAGAGAAGUUAGAUCGACAGCGUCAAUUACCAUUUCAUAUGCAUAUUAAUCUGGAAUUGUUGGAAUGUGCAUAUCUGACUUGUUCGAUGCUAUUGGAAAUACCCAGCAUGGCUGCUGCUGGUUCUAAUCCAGAGGCUCGCAAAAAAGUUAUCAGUAAACCAUUUAGAAGAAUGUUGGAUUACAAUGAGAGACAAGUAUUUAGCGGCCCACCUGAAAAUACAAGAGACCAUAUAAUGGGAGCUGCAAAAGCUCUGGCUGGCGGCGAAUGGCAAAAAUGUCAAGAACUAAUAGGAGCAAUAAAAAUAUGGGAUCUAAUGCCAGAAACUCAGAAAAUCAAAGAGAUGCUAAAUCGCAAAAUCCAAGAAGAAGGUCUUCGUACCUACCUAUUCACAUAUUCAGCAUAUUACACAACUCUUGGACUCGAACAACUCGGUACAAUGUUUGGUCUACCAAUUAACGCGGUCACUUCGAUAAUCUCUAAAAUGAUAUGGAAUGAAGAAUUAGCCGCGUCUUUGGAUCAAGUGAACAAUGCUGUUGUAUUACAUCGUGUCGAGCCCACCAAAGUACAACAGUUGGCGUUGAUGUUUGCCGAAAAGGCUGUGACUUUUGUUGAAAAUAAUGAACGUUUGUUGGAACAGAAACAACAGCAAACUGGGCAAAAUCAAAAAGAUCAGCAAAGGCAAAAAGGCCAAUCUAACCAGCAACACCAAAACACCGAAAAACGCACUACAUAUCAAAAAGGUAGUGGUGGUAGCGGACGAGGAAGAAAUAAUUUUAAUAAUGUAUUGGGAAAUAGCGUGCGUG